GAGAGCAGGUGCUGUAGUCUCUGCACUGUGGAGCCAGAGAGGUGGAUGAGCUGUUUGGCUGGACUAUUUUCUCACAUUUAAUGACAUUUGUCACCGGAGCCAAUGCAGAUUCUGUGAGUUGUGUGUGACGCCACCGAGGGAGAGUGAGUGUGCCCGUGACCGUGCCAAUCGCUGAGGAGGACUACCAUGCUGCCCCGUAGUGCAGUGACCACUUGCCAUGUGCUUGUGCUGGUGCUGUGUCUGUCUGCGGCUGAGGACUUCGACUGGACAAAGAACGAGCGCGGCUCCUUCUAUUAUGGCACUUUUCCAAGUGGAUUUUCGUGGGGUGCCGGCAGUUCAGCCUAUCAGACCGAAGGAGCCUGGGACAAAGAUGGAAAAGGACUGAGUAUCUGGGAUGUGUUCACCCACAAGAAGGGAAAGAUCUUCCUCAACGACACUGGAGACUCUUCCUGUGAGGGUUACUUCAAGUUCAGGGAUGAUGUUGCGCUGAUGAAGGAACUGAAGCUGAACCACUACCGUUUCUCCAUCUCCUGGCCCAGGCUCAUCCCCACCGGCAUCAAGUCGGACCAUGUGAAUGAGAAAGGAAUCAAGUACUACGAGAACCUCAUAGACACUCUGCUGGAGAAUCAGAUCACUCCCAUUGUGACCCUCUACCACUGGGACCUGCCACAGGUGUUGCAGGAGAAAUAUGGUGGAUGGCAGAACAUCAGUAUGGUGAACUACUUCAAUGACUUUGCCAAUCUCUGUUUCGAGAGAUUUGGAAACAGAGUUAAAUACUGGAUAACAUUCAACAAUCCAUGGUCUGUGGCGGUGGAGGGCUAUGAGACAGGAGAGCAUGCUCCAGGCAUGAAGCUGAGAGGCACUGGGGCCUACAGGGCUGCCCAUCACAUCAUCAAGGCCCAUGCUAAGGUCUGGCACACCUAUGACUCUCUAUGGAGAAGCAAACAGAAAGGUAUGGUGGGCAUCUCUCUGGCUGGGGACUGGGGCGAGCCGGUGGACAUGACCAACCAGAAGGACAUCGAGGCAGCAGAGCGAUAUGUCCAGUUCUACAUGGGCUGGUUUGCCACACCCAUCUUCCAUGGGGACUACCCUCAAGUAAUGAAGGACUUUGUUGGUCGUAAGAGUGCACAGCAGGGCCUGGGCACGUCCCGUCUGCCCACGUUCUCGUCCCAGGAGAAGAGCUAUGUGAAGGGCACCUGUGACUUCUUGGGCGUCGGCCAUUUCACCACGCGUUACAUCACCCAUAAGACGUACCCGGCGGGCCGUGGCAGCACUUUCUUCACUGACCGCGACGUGGCCGAACUGGUGGACCCCCGCUGGCCGGAUCCUGGCUCCGAAUGGCUCUACGCCGUGCCCUGGGGAUUCCGCAGGCUCCUCAACUUCAUUAAGACUCAGUAUGGGAACCCAAUGAUCUACAUCACAGAGAACGGCGUAUCUGAGAAGAUGCAGUGCACAGAGCUGUGUGAUAACUGGAGGAUCCAGUACAUGAAGGACUACACCAACGAGAUGCUGAAGGCGAUCAAAGAUGGGGUGGACGUUAAGGGCUACACGGCCUGGUCUCUACUGGACAAGUUUGAGUGGGACGAGGGGUACUCGGAGAGGUUCGGCCUGUACUACGUGGACUUCAAGAACAAGAACAAGCCCCGGUACCCCAAAGCCUCAGUGCAGUUCUACAAGAACAUCAUCAACGCCAAUGGCUUUCCCAGUCAGAGAGAGGUAGAGAACUGGAAGAGGAAGUCUACAGAUACCUGCUCUUCUAGCAACCAACUUCUAGCUGCAGCUAGAAGAAAGUCCAAGGCAAAUAAGGAACAUGCAGAGGUGCCAAAGAGGCACAACGGAGCACGGCUGCCAAUAUACUAAGACUUAUUCAUGAUCCCCUGACCAGUCACAUGGAGAUGGUCACAGAGAUUGUCGUCCCCACUGUGUGCACUCUCUGCAUCCUGCUCGGUGCAGUCUUCCUCAUGUUCCUGCUGCGCAGACGCAACUGAGCAAGCACACACACACAUAU